CGGCGCAGGCGCACGCGAUUUGGAACACCGCGGGAGCGGACGUUGUAUCCUGGGUGGGCUCUGAGCCUUGGGGCGCUAGCCAGCCAGCCCCGUGGUCUGGGACCAUGCCCGAGAAGAAUCUGCCCGCCUCUGAGCCCACCGCCAAGAGUCGAAUCGCCGGCUAUCGGAGAGAAGCGCCUCUGCCCGCUGGCGAAGCCAGGCAGAUCCCAAUUCCUGUCCCAGUGAUCCGCCUUCCCCGGGGCCCGGAUGGCACCAGCCGGGGUUUCUGCGCUGCCCGGGGCCGGGACAGGGCUGGCUCUGUGGCCGAAGUGGCUGAGCAGCAGGCCCGGGCUGCCCUGCGGGAGCGCUACCUGCGGAGCAUCCUGGCCAUGGUGGGGCGUCCUGUGCAUUUUACCCUGCACGAGCGCGUCCAGGUGGACGCCCACUUCGGGGCCACCGACCUGGACGUGGCCAACUUCCACGUGUCCCAGCUGCAGACGCCCCUCGGGGUGCAGGGCGAGGCCCUGCUCCGCUGCGCUGACAUCAUCUCCUACUCCUUCCAGCUGUGAGCCCUCCCUCUCCCGGCAGCCCCCAGAACUUGGACGGCCAGCCUGGCCUAGGACCAGGGAGGGAGUGGCCCAGCCUGAAGUGCAGGGGCUGCAACAUCCCCAUGGCUCACAUACCGGCGGGGACCAGCGGGGAGCCCCCUUCUUGCCCAGCUGGUGCGAAAAGGAGGCGUGACUGGACUGAGCGCUCGGGAGAGUGAGCGGGGACCCACCUUCCCAGGCCAGCCACAACUAUCCGAGGUCCUGGACUCCACCGAGGGUCAUUUGGGGAGGGGACCACCAAUAAACCCCCUAGCCGCUCGUGG